AUGUUAAAGUGCUUGGCCUUCUUGACGAUUUUAAUCAGUCAUCCAAUUAUCGGAGCUCAAGUAUACGAACAACCGGAAUUCAAAUCAUCUCGUUCUGUUGAAUCAAAUAAUGGUGUAAAAGUAAAAAGUACUGUCUUAAUUAAACAAUUUAGUAUGGGAGGCGGCGGUCAUAUUUCUGGUUCUGCCAAUGGCUUUGGUCAUGGACAAGCUGGAGCUACAAGCAUCGGUAGUGGUUCAUCUCAUGGAUUUGUCCAAGGACAAGGUUUCAAUAGUGCAUCUAAUAACGGUGCAGGUACCUUAGAAGCAAACAAUAAUGGAGGAUUUUGGAAUGGAGCAGCUGCAAGCGGUAGUGGAUUCGGAAGUGGAUCUAGUAACGGAAAUGGAUUUGGAGAGGGAUUUGGUGAGGGAAGUGGAAUAGGAAUUACUGGUUCUGGUGGUGGUUUUGGGGAAGGUAGUGGAUUUGAAGGCACUUCUUCUGGUAGUGGGGGACAAGGUUUUGGAAGUGGUUUUGGAGGAGAGAAUAGUCAAGGGGUGGCUGGAAAUUUUGUUAAUGGUGGAGCAUCAGGGGGUAAUAUCGCAAAUGGAUUAGGAGUUGGUGGUGAAACGACAUAUGGAAAUGGCUUUGGUAGUGGUAAUGAAGCAGCAUUUGGAAAUGGCUUCAGUUCAGGUAAUACUGGUACCACUGGAGCUGUAGCCGGAAAUGAAUUUGGGUCUGUUAAUGGAAAUGGAUUUGGCUCUGGUAACGUAAAUGGAUUUGGCUCUGGUAACGGAAAUGGAUUUGGGUCUAGUAACGGAAAUGGAUUUGGGUCUGGUAACGGAAAUGGAUUUGGGUCUGGUAACGAAUAUGAAUUAGGAUCUGGUAACGGAAAUGGAUUUGGUGGAGGAAGUGGAAUAGGAACUACUAGUUCAGGUGGUGGGUUUGGGGGAGGUAUUGGAUUUGAAGGUUCUUCUGUUAAUGGAGCACAAGGUUUUGGAGGAGGGAAUGGUCAAGGAGCGACUGGAAAUUUUGGUAAUGGUGGAGUAUCAGGGGGUAAUAUCGCAAAUGGAUUUGGAGUUGGUGGUGGAACGACGUCUGGAAAUGGCUUUGGUAGUGGUAAUGGAGCUAUUAAUGGAGCAAGUAAUGGCGGAGGAGGAUUUGAAGGUGAAUUUGGAGGUGGACAAAGUAAUGGAUUUGGAAAUGGUCAAGGAACAGGAUUUGGAGAAGGUUUUGGGUCAGGAACAGGGGAAGGUUAUGGAGAAGUUGAAGAAUUUGGUUCAGGAGCUGCAUUCAAUGGUGGUUCAGGAAACUUACAAGCCCAAAACCAGGUAUCUCAAUUAGGAAGUAGUGCUGGUGGUCAGGGUGGUGGGUCAUUAGGAGGUGGUGGGUCAUUAGGAGGUGGUGUUGGAUUUGGUUUUGGUGGAUCUGGAAAUGAGGAUUUCGAUAUAAAAAUAUAAAAACACAUUUUUUUUUGUAAUCAUAUUUCAAUUUUACAACAUAUUUAUUUAAUUUAUCAAUUCUCUAUGUAUUCAAUGAACCAUAUUUAAUAAUUGUAUUUAUAUAUUUUAAGAUAAUUCUACUGUAAUUGUUAACGAU